UUAACCUUCUUGGUAUCCUGACCCGUCCUGAGAUUCUGUCACUCUGUGACUCUGCAGUUCUAUCAUUCCAAGCCAAUGCAUAACAAUGCCCAUGCUCCAGGCAGCCUUGGCAUCAGACAAGAACAUGGCCUAGACUGAGUACCAACCCCAUCAUCUCCUUUCAGCAAAACACCAGCUCUCUGCACCAGCAUGGAUUCCAUUGCCACACAAAGUCCAUUAUUUCUAAUACUUCCUCCAGAAAUCACUGAUAUAGCAUGUCAGUCCACAGAACUCAGAGACAGAAGCUAUGAGUACCACAACUCCAUGCAGAAAUUCUUUACCACAAAACUGAAGACCCUAGGGGCUACCCAGAUCAUCCUUGGAAUCUUGAACUUUUCCUUUGGAAUUGUUUUCCUUUUCACCUUGGUACAUCCAUACCCAAGGUAUCCCUUUAUCCUCAUUUCAGGAUACCCAUUCUGGGGCUCGGCUGUGUUCAUUGCUUCUGGAGCCUUCCACAUUGCAUUGAAAAGAAAAACCACACAAAAAAUGAUGAAAGCAAGCUGCAUAAUGAAUGUCCUUAGUAUCCUGAUUGCCAUAAUUGGAAUUAUCCUCCUCACAUUUGGUUUCCUUCUCGAUGCAAACUACCUUUGUGGCUAUGCACAAGACCUUGUUCCAUGCCGUGCAGUUACCAUCAUAUUCGUGGGAAUCAUGGUGAUGCUGCUGGUCUUCACCAUGGCUGAAUUAUUCAUUUCUCUGUCUUUCUCCAUGGUGGCGUGUGACUUAGGCAGUAAUCAGGCAUGAUGGUGACAGCACUAUGGAAAUAAAGAUGUGAUGUGACAUUA